AUGGAAACUCCAUUUUCAAGUUCUAUCAGAGACAAAAUUGCACCAACAAGUGAUGAAGGAAUAAGUUCCAAAUCCCUACAAAAAACCACUAAAGAUACACUUUAUAUGGAUCAAACAAGUUUUGACUUCGAAUUUAAUAAAUAUAAGUUCAGAGUGUAUUUGGAUAAACCAGCUUUGCCUCGUGAAUUUGUUACUGCACCAAAGUCAUUAGAUGAAAAAUUAGAAGAUAUGAUAAAUGAUAAGACUACUAGUGAUUUUUUAGAAAAAGUUGAAGAAGCCUCAUCCUCAGCAAAUAAAUACAAGGUACUCAGAGAUAUUGCGACAGUUCUGGAUAAUUUUGCUCAAAUAAAAGAAUAUUGUAACUCAAUUGAUGAUAUUAAACAUUUCUGUGAAGAAUCUCACCUUAACACCUUCAAAGGUAGCAUCAACACCUGGAAAUUAAAAUUUAUUGACGGGCUUAAACGCCCUGGUGGAAGAAUACCCAUCCAAGUAAUGAAAUUUGUAACUUUGUAUACAAAUAAUAUUAACUCAGAACAGGAAGCAGAAAAGAAAGCAGAAAAGAAAAAUCUAGAAAAGGAAUCAAAUAAAAAAAGCUCGGCUACUUCAUCUAAAAAGUCAACCAAGAAUCCAACAAAUUCACGGAAAAAACUUCCAAAAUUUCUUGCAGUAAGCCAUAUAAUGGAAUUAUCUGGUCCAUUCAAGAAGCAAAACUCUACAAUUCAAAAUGCUUAUGAAGCUGCCUAUCUAACCGAAAAAUCAAAAAAUGAAAAUGUCCAACCUUUUAAGAAAUGGGCCAAUCAAUAUUAUGUUGCAAUGAAACCUGCAUAUAUUUUGAAGUAUUUAUAUGAUAUAAAAGACACUGAUGAUUUUAAAGAAUUUAUAGAGUAUAAUUUAGAAUCUCUGUUAUCAUAUUAA